CAGCGCUGACAGAUGCAGUGUUACGGUAACCCUGAUAACAUGCAGCCCCGACGGAUGCACCGACACAGUCACGUCCUCACCCCAGCACGUCCCUUGCCAAACUCGACCCACCCUCCACAACACCUUGGACCCCCGAACUGAACGAACGCACCAAGAGCCUGAGCGCUGUUGCUCUCCCCGCUGGCGGAUUUUCCCGUCGCUGCAGCUGGACUCUCCAGCUUUCAGAUUCCUUACUUCAGAGCGGAGACCGCUCUCUCCCGACAGGCUCCCAAAUAUCCCGGUCAUUUCACUUUUCGAAUGAAACCUAUUUUCGGAUUUUCACAUAUAAAAUCCGGCAGCAUGGCAGAGAGAGCUCAGAACAGGAUCCCCAGACACGGGUCUCGGCAGCACCAGCGUUCGCUCCCGGAUCACAAGCCGUGGCAUUUCCAUAUCGAGAGUUCCAUUCGGCGAACAAGACCCGUUUUCGGAGCUGAUUCUGGUCUCAGAUCGGUGCUGUAUUCAGUGUCGGGUGAAGAUGGCAUUGGGCCGUGUUUGGAGAGUUUGCAGUGUGUGGCUGUUGUUGACCGUGACCCUGACCCUGGGCUGUGAGAGGUUACAGUUACUGCAAGUUCUCAACAGAGAGACUCUGGGCGAGCUAAAUGAAAUGGGUGGCCGCCUCCCUCGACACUGUGUGACUGAGAGGCUGUCGUUGAAAACCAAGCCCUUGGAGCUGGUGAAACUUUCGGCGGAGGUUCCUGCCCAGGAAAGGAUCCAGAUUGUCCAUCAGACCCUGCAUCACCUCCGCAGGAUCUACAGUAUGAACCUGAGCUCAGUCAGCUGGGUCCAGAGCUCAGUGGAACUCCUUCGGCUUCUGUUGGAUCGGCAGCUCAGAGAGCUGGAUGUGUGUGUCCGGAAACCAGGCUCAGAGACCAGACCAAGGAAGAAUGCCGCAAUUCUUAAAUACUUUCAGAAAUUGAGAGAGUUUCUGAAACAGAAGGGAUUCAGCAACUGUGCCUGGGAGAUAACCCGCACUGAGACCAUGACGCAUUUGAAACAGCUCCUUCUCAUUAUGGCAAAAAUCAACAGAGAUCACUGA